UUGCAGAUUAAGUGAUAACAAUAAGAGUUCAACUGAUAGUAAGUCGCAAGAACAUAAACAAACAAAUGCGUUCAGUGCAGUGUUCAUGAGUUCCGAUUUUGGGAAGGACGAGUGGUAUGUUGACUCGGGCUGUAGUUUUCAUCUCACUGCAAACGAGAACUGGAUCAAAAACAUGUCAAGCGAGCUUACUACGACCGAGAUUGUAGUCGCGAAUAAAGAAAAACUACCCGUGAAAUGCUGUGGCAAUGUAAUGAUUACGACAUUUACAAAGAAGUGUGAAUAUGAUGUCGAAGUUGAAAAUGUUUUGUGUGUCCCAAGUUUGACAACGAAUCUGCUAUCUGUCAGCGAGUUAAUUAAAAACGGAAACACAGUUAAGUUUACGAAAGUUGGUUGUAAUAUUUACAAUAAAAUUGGAGAGCUUGUUGCGACAGCGUGUUUGAUAAAUGGAGUAUACAAGUUAAAUGUCACUGAAGUUUUUGGAGCUGCUGCAAUGGUGUCAGGAGAGACAUGGCAUCGUCGUCUCGGACAUUGCAACAGUAACUACUUGAACAAAAUGCAGGACGCCGUGGAAGGGCUCACACUUGACAAGUAACACCAAAUCUACAGAGCUGCUCCAAAUCAUACACACGGAUGUCUGUGGCCCCUUUCAAAAUGUAUCUCUUGGAGGUUCCAGAUACUAUAUAGUCUUUGUCGAUGACUAUAGCCGCAUGGUGCAUGUUUACUUUAUAAAGAAUAAAAGUGAAGCGUUUGAUUGUUUUAAAAAAUAUAAAGCUUUGACAGAAAACCAACUGAAUAAGAAAAUUAAAAUCCUAAGAAGUGAUCAAGGUAAGGAAUUCUGUAAUAAAGAUUUUGACAAUUUUUUGAGUAAAGAAGGAAUUAUACAUCAGAAGACAAAUGCAUAUACGCCAGAACA